AUGUCGUCGUCUGAACCUCUCUUUCCUCGGGUGUCAGAACCAGACCCUUCUCGACCUUCCCUCUUCGAACUAUUAGCACAAGACCAACUUCGUGAUCUCCUUCACCCUGUCGUCCGAUAUGUUCUAACCUACUUUACUCAACGAUAUCCUCGUUAUUUUCUUCGCGCUUUAAAUCAUCAUGAAGAAGUCUUUGCUCUCCUUUUGCUCAUAGUGGAGAGACAUCAUUUAUCAAAACAUAAUGCUUCAAUCAGUGAACAUUUCUAUCAGUUGAGAUUAUCAUCUGUCGGCGAAACGACUCCACGACUUGAUAGAAUAGCUCCUAAGAGAAACAUCUUGUCAAGGAAACAACGAUGGGGAUUGUUAGUCUUUCUCGUGGGUCUACCUUACAUACGAGCCAGGUUACAAGAUCAUUUCGAGCAACUCAGUGGAUCGACAGAUCCGGAAACUCCUACUCGCCCUCAACCCCUCACGAAGAUACAACAUACUUUCAAACUCCUCUAUCCGUAUAUGAAUAUCAGCCUCGACCUCCUUUUCCUCUCAUACGACGUUGCAUACAUGUUUGACAAAACGUCUUAUUACCGACCUUGGCAUCGUUGGCUUGGUGUCAAAGUCCGGCGUAUCACACCCGAUGAUAUCACGAGUGGCCAAUCGAGUAAUUGGAUCCCACCUUUACUACCUACUCUACUUCUCGCUCUGAAAGCUGCCGAAUGGUGGUAUUCCCCUUCUUCACCCAGAACGUCCAGAACGACAAAAGACGAUGUGGCUUCUCGCCAUGCUAGUAUCUUACCUCCUAGACCACUUCCAAUCCUUCCUUCCUCAGGUUUGCUUCCCACUCCUCCACCUUCUCCUCCUGCAUCACCAAGACGACAAGAUGUCGCCAGCGUAUCGAAGCAAAGGUAUAUGAUUGGGGAAGAGGAAUAUGGUACAUGUCCAAUAUGUAAUAAGAAGUGGCAGAAUCCAGCUGUUUUACCUAGUGGCUGGGUCGUUUGCUGGCGUUGCGGUUGGGAUGCUAUAGAAGGGAUUGGAGAUGAGGAGGAAGAGAGUGAUGAUGGAGAGGUCGUGAGUCGAAGAAAAAGAGGUAGAUGUCCUAUUACGGGUAUGAUGGUACGAUCCAGUGAAUUACGGCGUGUGUUAGUAUGA